AUGGCCUAUGUCCAGAUUGAUUUUGAAGAUCUCGAAUUCUUCGAGAAAUGCGGUGGAGGUGCGUUUGGCUCUGUCUAUAGAGCGAGGUGGAAAUCGCAAGAUAAAGAGGUAGCGGUGAAGAAAAUCUUGAGUCUAGGAAAAGAGGCAAGUUGUAAUCAAAUGGUUACACGCGGUAGGAAGUUGCAUGACCCUUUGUCAGUCAAGUCUAAACGCAUAAUCUUUUGUUAGGAAACUAGACAUUUGGACCAGACUUAAAUCAAAUUUUUUUAGACUUCUCACAAAUUACAUGCCUUUGAAAGGCAUGUGCAUUUCACUGAGGUAAAUCUCACCUGUGUUCUAAUUUUAUCACCCCGCUCUUGGAAAGUUCACGCUAUUUUCAAUUUUAAGCCAUCUUUUAAACCAUAAAUGUGUGUUUACCUGUGAGAUCGACAAUGUUUUUUAAUUGUACUCACUCGCUUUACAGCAACGAUGUAAUUUAAUAUUGUUGAGGGUUACAAUUCACAGUUGUGUUGUCCGUCCCAAACACAUGGCUUCGUGAUCUUAAAGCAUGUAGGUGUCGAAGCUUACAAGUCACUGUAACACAUGUUGAUUUAUUUAGAAUUGGGUUGAUCUUUUAACUGACGGAUGCUGUUUUGAGAUGCAUAAUUCUAUAUGAAUUGCAAUUAAGUUUUUAGCGCUUUUGACGAGAGAACAUUUACAUGCUAAGAUCUCACUCAACAUGUACUUAAGGGCUUCUUAGCUUUUUACUUACAUGUAAGUAUGUCAAAAGAAAAAUCACCUUGUCUCAAUCUAGCUCAAUUAUCGCAAAGACCUCCAUGUAGAGAUUUGGUUGAAUGAUACAUGUUGCCGUGUGAUUGUAUUCGGCUUGCAUUUCGUUGUUGUUUUUUCUGAAAGACUCCAACUCAGUGCUGAGGUUUUGUAACAUUGCUACUUGAAAUUAAUGCUUAACUUCAGUCAAGGGUAGUCCAAGUAUUGAACUUUGAGAAUCUUCCUCUCAGUAAUAUAAGCUGUCAUCUUCAAGAUGUUUAUAUACGCACUUAAAUUUAUUAUGGCGUGUGUUUCAGGCCAGUAUUCUGAGCAUGCUCAGUCACAAGCAUAUCAUCAAGUUUUAUGGAGCAGUAAAUUCUCAGCCUAAUUUUUGCCUUGUGACAGGUGAGCAGCUUAAUUAACUCUAAUGUGUCUGCAUGAUGACAUUGUUUACCCAAAAUUGAAGCCCACGACUUGUUUGUAAAAAAAUUUUUGAUCGGGAGUCUCCCGAUUUGAUGUCUUGCCUCCCGCUCUCCCGAUUUUUACCAAAUUCUCCCGAUUUAUCAUAAAAUUCUGAAAACUAGGGGAAAAUUGCUAAUCUUUAGAAUUUUUGGCGAUCUGUCACUGUGAAACACUCAUAUUAUACUUACUUUCUUCGCAAAGAGCAUUAUGGUAUGUUAUAACUCAGGCCGGAAUGAUGUCAAAAUUCAGGAAAUGGCACUUGAGAGAACCUAAAUUUGCAAAAUUUCCCGGGGGCAUGCCCCCUGACCCCCCUAGAAGCUCGCGCCUUUGGCACUAAUAAUUACUCCCACUUUUUUGUUGUUUCGAUGUGAGUGCUCUUCAAAUUUCAGUGUUCUGGGAAUACUUUCCAAUUAAGAUUUACUGGUGCAAGCAAGGUUUGGGAUUGAAAAUGGGUGAUUAUAAUAUAAUAUUUGUGAGGCAGCUAUAUGUAUUAUAAGCCUAAGCAUGUACAAGGCUAGGUAUAGGAUUUUAUAAUAGCAACAACAUCCAUUUUAACCCUGAUUAUGAUAAAAAAAAAAGGCUUCAAUAUGUGUUGAUUAAAGGUACAGACAGUAGCUGAUCUCCAAAAGAACUUUAAUUCCUUAUUUAUCUCGCAAGUUUCUCAUAAUUUCAAAUUCCAAUUCGGGAUGCUAAAGAUAAUAGUCCAUUUUACAGUUGUGUACUUGGUUGCCAAGCCUUUGAACAGGAGUAAGGCUAAGGUUGAUCUUGUUAUGACACAAACCUUGCUGCUUUUCAAAUGUAAAUUACUUUUUUAUCAUGCUAACAAGAUACUGGUCUCUAUCACAACAAGGUCACCUUCAGCCUCACUCCAAAUCAAAAGCUUGGCAACUAAGUACACAACUGUAAAAUAGCUUAUUAAGUCUCAUCAUUUGUCUGAUAGUGUAUUCACUAUGAAGUAUUCACAAGAAUGCUAAUCACCGCAGGAAACCCCAAAGUCUUAUAUAUAAGUAAUGUAUUAGUGUUGUCUAUGUUAUUCCAUUUUUCAGAAUAUGCUGCCAAUGGAUGUUUGUAUGAUCAUCUCACAAACAAUAAGCUUAAUUUUGACCAGAUUCUACAAUGGUCCACUGAGAUUGCUCUUGGUAAGCAAAAGUUAAUUCUAAUUGAAAGGGGUUUCUGUGUACAAUGAAAGUUAUUUUCAAAAAUUUGUAUAUAACACAGAAUCAUGUCGGUGGCAUUGACCAAUUACCCAAUUUUCUCAAGCAUGUAUCAACCAGGGUGGGAUAUGUAAUAGCACAACAGGUAGCUUGUUAGACUCAGCGGAGAAGGGGAUAGGAUCAUUGUGUGACAUGUUCUUGGCAAAGACACUUCAAUCUCUUUGAGAGAACACAUCAAAGUAUCUCUAUGAACCACCAGGCACUUUUUAAGAUGAUAUAAGUUGUGACAGAUAAUAGGUCAAAGAAACGCAGUUAUAUAGUUAUCUGGUCACAAAUUUCUAUCAGGGAUUUAUUAUUUAAAACUACUAAUAACAAAUAAUACAUAUUGUGUAUGGUACAUGUAUAAUAUUCAAUAUGUUAAUAAACACCAAUCAUUUUUAUUGUUCCUCAUAUAUUUACAGGUAUCAAUUACCUCCACAAUGAAGCCCCAGUGAAGGUGAUUCACAGAGAUCUGAAGUCAAAAAAUGGUAAAUAUUUCAAAAUAUUUGAUCUUGCUCAAUCAACAGCCUUAUGAACUAGGCUCAAGAAACAGUGAGUUGGUACUGAAAUACCUGUAAAAAUGAGAUUGAUGUCAGUGGAUAAUGAAAGCUUGAAAUUGCAAUACCACAAUCAAACUAGAUUAUCUUAAAUUUUACACUAAGGUGAAAUGUUUCAAAGUUAUUUAGAGUUACUACUUAACAAUUUCAAAAGAUUAUAUAUAUAUAUAUAUAUAUAUAUAUAUAUAUAUAUAUAUGUUGCACAUUAUUUAUUUCAAUUGAUGUUUCCUGAUCUUGAGUCAGAUGUCCUUUUAGCCCUUGGAAGAAAGUCUGAGUUCAAAUUUGAAUGAUAUCUGUCAAUUGAUAAUAUUAUUAUAUUGGGUGUGGUAAAAUACAUUGUUAAUGAUUGAUCUUGGAGAAUAAGGAAUGUAGUAGUAAUUAUUAUCAUCAGGAAAAUAAUUACCGGUAAAACCUUUAGUUAGCUUAGAUAUUAUUAAGUAACUUUCCAUUUACAAUUUAAAGCUGUUUAAACUCACUUUACCUUAACUGUUUUGUUUUGCAGUGGUGAUUUGCUCUGACUUGACAGUCAAAGUAAGUGUGGAUGUAUUAUGGUGUACAAUACAGCAAGAUUCAUGAAUCAUACUCAACAAUUGUACCUUUAAGAAUAGUGUGUAUCCUGAGCAUGUUUUAUAACAUGAAUGACAUGACUGGGCACUUUGAGAAUUUGUACAUGUAUUCUACUUUUAAUAUAUCACCUGCCUUAAAACAUUCAUGUACAUGGACAUAUACCUUCCUCAUUUCCAUUGCAUAGAAGUAACAUGUUGAUAUUUACAUGUAAAUCCUGAUAGCAAGCAGGAUGUUCUUAUUUUCUCAAAGUUCAUAUAUUUAUAUAUGACUGUUUAGGUAACAUAAACAGUCAUAUAAUUUGAUAUGAUAUUAGAUGUACAUGUGCACAAGUCAUGUAAUUAAGGACAAUGGCUCCAAACUGCAAUUUCGCUAAAUAUGUAAGAAAUGUUACAGAUCUGUUAUUGAAAUGUUACAGAUCUGUGAUUUUGGCACUUCAAGAUUCCUUAAUAACACAACUAAAAUGUCUCUGGUGGGGACAUACCCAUGGAUGGCUCCUGAGGUAAGAAGAACCUACUUAUCAUUUUUUUUUUCUUCUCUUCACCUUUCAGUGUCAGUUAUUGCUAGCAGAAGUUCCUUUUUGGUUACACUUGCAUUUAAAAGGGUUGAAUGUCACUUCACUGUAGCUUUCAGCUAUCAAUUAGAGCCAGGUUUCAGUUUGAGUUUAUUGCAUAUACACAUAUUCAGACAAAUAAUAAAUUUAGACUUAUUUGUUGUAUACUCAGGUUAUUCAAAGCCUGCCAAUAUCAGAAGCCUCUGAUACAUUUUCUUAUGCUGUGGUGAGUGAAUCAUGGUGCACAUUCCAGAUUAUUGAUAUACGUGUAGUAAAGUUUAUUAUUCUGUAUUCCAGAGAAGCUGGCUUACAAUUGCACAUAAUUAUGUGAGCUACUCCAGUAUGGGAAUUGGUUUUUGACUGGACUCAUUAUGUGAGUUUGAAUGAACCUUGUUUUUAAUUAUUUUAGGUGCUAUGGGAAAUGCUUACCCAAGAAGUACCAUUUAAAGGACUUCUUGGUGUCCAAGUAGCAUGGGUGGUUGUGCAAGAGGAAGAGGUAAAUGAAAGAGAUUUUGUAAAUCCAAAAAACAUUUUGAAAUUUAACCUUUUGCUCCCUAAUAUCAGUAUGCAAUUUCUCCAUACUGAAAUUUUUACAUUUCCUAAGAUGUUGACAAGGAGAAUAUGUUAAACAAUCAAGAGCCUCUUUAGUUGGUGAUCAUUUCCCUUAUUCUCAUGACCUUAAUGUGUGAUUCAGGAGUGAUAUUGUUGGGAGAAAUUACAUGCUAGUCACUCUUAGAAGUCAAAGGGUUAAAGAAAUACAUGUUGAUGUAGGUAUCAACAUACAGGCUAUUGUCCCUGAAGGACGCGCAGUUAAGAUUCAGCCUCAGACUGCUCCCUGUAAAUAAAUGCCUUUGCUGGUGAUAAUGUGAUCUGGUUGUUUUAAUAAAUGAAUAAUAAAGAAAUAAUUAGACAACAGAUACUUGGUAUGCUCUUCAGGAUAUUACAAAAACCACUUAUUAUGAUAAUGAUGAUAACGAAAGCUAUGACAGUACUGAACUUGUCAAGUGUGGUUCAUUUUCAUUGCAAAUUAUUUUCCAAAGAACAUGGUAUUUUAGGUUUAAAUAUGCUUUCCUUUUUACUUUUUGAAUUAUUCUGAGGUGCAAAUUUGAUGUUGUGUAAGUUUUAAAAAUGUGUCAUCUGUACAGUGUAAUUGAUUUCUUCAUCUUCCAGAGGUUGACCAUUCCAAGCAGCUGCCCUGAAAAGUUUGCAAAGCUGAUGAAAAAGUGUUGGCUGACGGAACCAAAGGUAGUCAUGACUAAUCCUUAGUAGUUCUGAAUCAUUUGAUUAUGGGUGAUAAAUAUAUGUUUGGUUCUAUUUAUGGUUUGGAGUAUUAUCAAGGAAUACAAUCCUUUAGUCAGUGGCCAAAGCAUUUGUAGAAAUCUUAGAGUUGAUGUUUUGAAGUCAGUUACCCUCAUACAAACUAAUGAAGAAAUAGAGGAAGAACCAGUGAAGGAAUUAAUGGUGCCUUGAAAAGGGACUGCCUUGAUUUCUACAGAAAUGAAGAGCAAAAUCCUUCUCUAUCAGCAUUUGAAGUCAAAAGGUUUAAUUUAACCUUAUUAAAAAAUUGACUGUCUUCACCAAUAAGUAUGGUUAUAUAUAUUGAUUACUAACAGUAUUUUCAUUUGGAGAAGGAGGGGGGGGGAAGUUGCUUUAGGAGAGGGUGGUGGGGACUUAAUUGUAAAUGUGUCCUAUGGCAGUACUCUUUUAAGGGAGAUUUUGAUUGUAGCAUCUGUGAUAUCCAUGCAUCAGCCUCCAGUUUCACAUGUAUUGCACUCUAUGGUUAAUUUGCUGAAAUUAUUACUUUUUCCUUUUGACAGGAACGUCCAAAUUUUAAUGAGAUUCUGUCAGAACUCAAAUCCAUGAGUGGAGAUGGUAGGUACAAUUAUAGUAUUAAUAACUAAGUAUUGCAUGCAAUUGUACACGAACAAGUAAAAUCAAAUUAGAUUUUAAUGUUAGAUACCUAUCACCAACCUAUGACAAACAUGUUUGGGACAAUGACCUAAAAGUGAUAAGUGAAAGUCUUUGGCACAGUAAGGAGAGAAACCAUUUGGGGGUUAUCAUCAGAAACGCUCAGUACCUUUUGUUACAGCAUUCUUAUGAUAUUGUUUUGUAUUAUGUCAUUUUUAUCUUUUUUCCAGCUUCUCUACAACAGGAAACUGACUCCUUCAUUGAACAGAAAAAGAAUUGGAGGUAGGUUAAUCAAAUAUUCAGAGACAUUUCUGUCUGUUAAUAAAUACCUUUUUGUUGGUUUGGCAGGAUCCCUAUUGAUUACAGAGAGAACUCUGUAAAAAAUUUCAACAAUGUCGACUAGCUAAUUGUUUAAAUGAACAAGGAUGGGGGGUUGUUUCAAUUUUUCCUCAGCUACAGCUGUAAGGAGCUUUUGGUGUUUGCACUGUAGAUCUUAACCCUUUAACUUCGAAGAUCUGAUUUUUAAUUCUCCCCUCCAGCUUUUACACAAAUCCUGGCCAAAAGGUUUGGUGAAUUUGGUAUUAGAUCAAGAUAUCAAUUUCUUCCUGAUAAGUUUGGGUAUUCUGUUUUGCUUGUUUCUGGAUGAUGUAUAGAUAUUAUUGGGAGAGGUUUCAUGAUAAUCACUUCUGGGAGUUAAAGGGUUAAGCUCAUUAAUAAUUAUUCUUUACUAAUGUUUUGUUGUUAAUUUACUUAAUUUUCAGUAAUGAAAUAGAUGCUACGUUGAGUAGGCUCAAGAGGUUAGAGAGAGAUUUAACAAAUAAGGAGAAAGAACUGCGUGAGGUAUGGAAUUAUUUUGCUGUGUCACCUUACACCCGCUGACUGUUCAUGAACAGGAGAUAAAUUCUCGAUACACACUUACUGUACAAUACAACUCAGGAAUUAAGACCAAUUUUGGUUUUAUUUCAAAUGGAAAGUUGUCAAUUUGCAGAUAUUUUGUGGUUAUUGUUGGCAAAGUGCUUAUCGUACUGAACUGCAUCUUGUUAAUUUAGGAUAAGAUUUUUAACUUUUUUCUUCAUCGUGUGAUGAAGAAAUGUGAGUCUUCUGUGAGGAGUUGAAGACCAGUAAAUAUGGGCCCUGGCCAAUCUUGCUGUGCUGAAUGCAUUGAACACUUAGUGGCUGUUUUUCCCUGUUUAGAGAGAAGUACGUGUACAACAAAAAGAAAAGAAAAUUAAUGAGCUGCAGUCUAUUUCUAAGGUAUGUAAUGAAUCAGUAUUAUUAGUGUGUGUAUUUUCUGCAUCAUAGUCAUGUUUCACAUUAAUACACAUGGAAUUAAAGUGAAAUAUGAUUUGCUGAUUGAUGAAAACAUAAUUGUAAAGUACAUCAUUCAAGACUGGACUUAGUCUAGUUUUUUUCUUGAAUUAGUCAGUUAGAAAAUCAUUCAAAUUUACUUUGAUAGUUAAUGUUGUUGUUGUUGUAAUGUUUUUUGGUAAAUCAUUCCUUUCACAGAGAAGACUGGAUGUCUUUACCAGGGCCUUAGUUAUCUGAUUUUAUGAUUGUUUUUGUUUCAUUUUGCUGUUGAUGUUGUUGCUGUUGUUUUUGCUGUUAUUUGUUUGUUGGUUUUUGGACUGUGACGGCUGAAUACCAGACAUAGACAUGUAAUGUCUUUCAUAUCAGCCUAUUGAAGUAAACACAGCAAUUCUUGUACAGGGCAUAAUUUUAUAAUGCACAUUUUUUUUGGAUUGUGGACCUGCUGGGGGCUGACUCACAUAGCUGCCGCAAUGUAACUUAAUAUCUGCUUCAUGAAAUUACUUAGUGUAUCACCACUCUCCUGGGUGAUAUGCUAGUCCAUCAAAAAGUCCUUUUCUACUUCCUUGUGAAGAGAGGCACUGCUAUUAAGUGGGGUCUUGCUAAAACCAGGAUUUUCCUUUCAAGAGUUAAGCAUUUUUUUCCCAAAAAGCUACCUCCUCUUCCAUUCAACAACACUUAAUGCCUACCUAAAACAUUGUCUCUAUUUCCCUUCAGGUUCUGGACAAACAUGAUGUUAAUGCCUGGACAGAGAAUGAUGUGGUAAUUUUGUUUGCUGUCUUUUAACUUCAUUCUAUGCUUUUUCUUUUUAUGUGUUGAAUGAUUAAUCCUGUGUGAUAUAUUUCAGUGUUUAUGGCUGCAGCAAGUUGCACAGAACAGUAAGUGACCAGCAGAAAUUACUUGUACAAUGUUGCAGAUUAAAAAAAAUAGCUCUACAGAAAACCAUGAAAUAUGUAGCUAGAAGUAUUCACAAAUGAGGGGAGCUUGGUGAUUAGGACUAUACUACCAUUCAUUUGACCUUUGUGUGGCACAGUCUAAGUCAGCCUCUCCUAAAUAGAUACUAGGGAAGUUUGUAAAGAAAUUGUGGUUGCAUUGGUAACGGGUGGUUAUAAUUUUUUUUUAUAACCUGAGUUAAUGAUGUAAAUUGGCUACUGUAAACAGUUUCUAAAGCUGAAAGAAAUUGUGGUUCUGCAUUGGUAAUGGGUGGUUACAAUUUUUUUGUAACCUGAAGUAAUGAUGUAAAUUGACUACCGUAAACAGUUUCUAAAGCUGAAAGCCAUCGUCGCUCUGACAAAAGGGCUAACGAUUGAAGUGUCAGCUUAAGACAUUUUUACAGUGGCAAAUUUACAUUUAUUUUAUCAACUCAGUUGAUAAAACCAAAUCAUCGUUUAUAUGCAUAUUGUUUACUUUACAUUUUUUAAUGCUCUUAUUUUGUAAAAGUUUCAAUUUGCAUCUAACCCUUUACACCCUGGCUAACAUCAGUAUGCAUCUUCUCCAUACUGUUCUCUAUACAUUUCUUAAGGGUCUGAAAAGGAGAAGUUGUUUAACAGUCAAGAGUUCUUUAGUUGUUGAUCAUUUCCCUUAUUCUCAUGACCUUAAUGUUUGAUUCAGGGCUGAUGUUAUAAGGAGAAAUUAGAUGCCAGUCACUCUUAGGGGUUGAAGGGCUAAUACAGAAUGCUAAGCCUUGUUAGCUAAAUUUUCUUAAUCUGUUUACAGGUGGGCAUAAAGACCUUGUGACGUAUUUACCACUGUUCCAAGAUAAUCAUAUUACUGGGAGAAGGUUAGUUUUUCAUUCAAUUCUAGAGGGAACGUGCUUGUUCUAUCUAUCCAUUUGUGCCCAUUUGAGUUGUUCUAUUUGAAAUUUUAAAUAAUAUUAGUUUGCAUUCCCCCUAGCUGAUAUGUGCUUUGUUGUAUUUCGAAAUAGAUAUGGUGGUAGUGCAUGGAUUUGGUAGAAGGCAGAUUUUUGGUGAGGAAGUUUGGUCAGAAACGCAAAAUUAAAUUUAAUGUAUACUAUGAAGUUUGUUAGUCACUGAGUGGGUGUUAUUUUAGUCAGAUAGUCAAUAAGGAAAUUAAUCAGUCAGUCAGUCACUUAGGCAGCCAGUCAAUCAGAAAGUCAGUCACUCAGUUAGUCAGACAGUAAGUCAAACAGAAAGUCAGUCAUUUAUUCAGUGAUUCAGUCAGGCAGUUAGUCAAUCAGAAAGUCAGUCUUACAGUUAAUCAACUUGGUUGAUAAUACUAAAUUACCCUGUCAGUUAGUUAUAGUUUGUCCAUCAAUCAUUCAAACAAACAGUCAAUCCGUCUGUCAGUUAGUCUAAAUAAAAUCAAUAUUAUUUCAGUUAUUGUGACAGUUUGUAUGUCAGUCAGUUAUUCUAUCAGUCAAUCAGUUAAACAGACAGUCAAUUAGUCAGUCCGUCAGUCCGUCAAUCUGUGCGUGACUCAGAUUUUCAAGCAGUCAGUCAGUUCAAUCAUCCACUCACCCAGUUAACAAUCCGUAUUCAUGAUUCCACGCAAGCUUCAAACUAUGCAGUUCAAUCAUUUUAAGGCAAGAAUGUCGUUCAAAAUUGCAUUCACGGAAAAUGAUUCAUUUUUUAAUGAUUAUACCUAAGGAUACAGCUGGAAGUCGUUCGUGUAUAGCAUUAAAUUAGCAAUCGUGGGUAUAAAUUUUUUUUUUUUAUCGCGCAGGCUCAUUGUGCUCACAGACGAGCAGUUGGUAACUCUUGGAAUAGAAUCCUUAGGUCACAGGAUUGAGUUGAUGGUAAAUAUGUGCUUUAUUUCAAGCUAAGGAAUUUGUGAAAUUUGAUUGGUCAUCACGAGGCAUCUAAGUCAACUUCGAAAUGCUUUUUUAGCUAAAAUUAAGUUUCCAUGACAACCUGAAUGACCUUUACAGUGUGGUGGAAAGAUUUCUGGAAGGCGACGGUAAAAAUUCUAGAAGGAUAUUUAUAGAACGUCAAAGGAACGACAAAGAAAGGUUUUUUGUGAGAUCUUUUAAGAAGGAUUACUCUAUGAUAUUUUAAGCUGCACUGCCAAACGGUUUGGCGGAGUUUACUGCUAAGCGACGAGUGCGAAAGAUUUCAUUGAAAAUUGUUUUUUUUUUUAACAGUUACAAACUCAUGUGUAAGAAGAUUGUCAAUCAGUAACGGAUUACGGAGUAUUUUACUUUCAAUCAUCAAGAAAAACAAGAUUCUUUGUCUUUGUUUUAUUUCUAUUUGCAGGAGCAAAUUGUUCAUUUGAGGUCUGCGAGCGAGUCAAUGAUGCACUUUCCUCCUCUUCGACCCAUGGUACAUGUUUAAGGCAGAGUUGUUUCUGUUUGUUUUUUCUGUUUGAUUUUUUUCUGCUUUGUUAUUAUUAUAAAUACAACUUCCAAAGUUCCCUUUUUUCAUAAACGUCUUAGACCAUGGCCAUUUUUGAGUCAGUUCGUGGCACUUUAGGGCAGUUAGAGCCUAGCAAGUUUGUGUGUGAUGCAUGUCUAACAAGCCACAGAGGAAUUUCCAAUUGUGUAUCGAAGCACUUCGUAAGUUUUUCUUUUCUUCGCUCCGCGAUUGGUCUAAAAAAACACUCGCGCCACUCUCUCCACUCAUCAGUUGCAAAAUUAAAACCAACUGUGACCUGGUCACUCGCGUUUUCCCGCGCUUUUGGCUGGAAACCUGUUUUUACCUCGAGUUCUCAUUGGCUCCUUGCGAUAUUCUUCUCUAUUCCUAUUGGCUUAUGGAAUUACUUUUAAUAAGUUUUGAUUCAGUCGAUAUUAACUCUAUCACCUUACAUUCAGGAUGAUGUUACAACAAAUGGCUAUGCAAGCAGUCAACCCCAACAGCAAACUCUCAUUCUCUUAUUCGGUAAUCAUUGUAGAAUGGAGAAAUCCUCACAGGUGAGUGCCCUAGUAUAGAUUCUUUCUUGGAUAAAAUUUUGUUCCAUGCGAUUGUACUCAAGCCUUCAAUUUGGAUUUGAAGCCGCUGUUAUAGAGAGCAAAGGAGAUCAAUCAUCUGGAACGGUGCUUAUCUAAUAAGGGCGAUUUGAUUGAUGCAGCCGUGAAACGUGAUUAUCGAAAAUUAUAGAUGAUAUUAAUUUUAACUUUCUUGAUUUCAAAGGCAAAAUGCGAAUGAAUUUUAAACUGAGGAUGAUAUUUCUACAACUAAGCGUCGCGGCCCUCAUGAGACGUGCAUGUAAACUGUCGCAAGAAUAGUUUGACCCUUGAACUCUCUUGAGUGACCAAGGAAGAAUUUCUCCUUACAAUAUCAAGCAGCCAAGUGAUGAUAAUCAAGAAAAUUAUCAAUGGGGGGAUUAUCACUUGGUCUAAUACUCAAUUCUCCAUGCUUACAUCAUGAGAAUUGUCUGGCAGACAAAAAGGAGAAUUUUUACUGACAUCUUGGGAAUGAACGGGUCAGGUACACUCAUUCUAAUCAAAGCAUUAGGAAACGAAAUUUGACAUUUUUGUCCAUUAUUAAACGCAAAACAACCGGACAUAAAUUUAUCCAUUGCUGAAGAAGGCACGAUAUUUCAACUAAAUUUUAUUCCCCUCUAACAGGAGCACAAAUGGAAGAUGUUCGUGGAAGUUGAUGGAGACGAGACAGCUCUCCUUCUGGUGAAGGUGGGAACAAGUUUUCAAUAUUUCCGCUGGUUUGUUUCCGCUACGCUUUUUCCACAUCUUCCUCGAAGAACAGCGACGAAUUCAGUUCUUUUCAUCUGACCUUUUUUCUCUCUUUUAGAAUGUCACCUUUUUUUUCAAACACACAAGUGAGAUCAAAACACUGAGCCAGGUAUGAUCUUAAAGUUGUCGCAAUCAUUUUUCAGUGUUGUGAAUUGGAUUGUAAACUUGUGGAUGAAGUUUAAAGCGAAUUUGGACUUAUUUCACGGACGGAAAUUAUUUCAUGGUCGCCCGUCAUUCAAAAGUUAUCGCAAUAAUUUUUUUUAGCAUUGUAAAUUAGAUUGUAAUAUUGUGAAUGAUUAUUAAGGCGAAUUCGGACUUAUUUCACGGACGGAAAUUAUUUUAUGGUCGCCCGUCAUUCAAAGUUGUCGCAAUAAUUUUUUAAGUGUUGAAAUUUAGAUUGUAAUAUUGUGAAUAAAGAUUAAAGUGAAUUCGAACUUAUUUCACGGACACCCGUCAUUCACGUCGCCUAUGCUCACUGACGAACAUGUGACUUUUUAUUGUCCGCAAUUUUUAUAAUUUGGAGUGGUAGGUAGAUUACUUUUGUGAAAAUAAUGCUUGGCGUGGUGGCCGAAGGAAGUAAACAAAAUAAAUUUAUUUUAGGAGUUACUUAUUAACUUGCCGUUUGUCUUACAGCCGCCUUACGUUAUGAGCAGCUGGCAGACCAGCACUCCCGGUGCGGCACCGGUCGUGGAAUGCACGGUGAAUUAUGAGGUAUGUCGCAUCAAACGCGUUCUUCUUGAGCAAAAAAAGAAAAAGAAACAACUUGUUUGCGAGUAACAUGUAAUCUUUCUAUUUUAUGUUAUUCUCAGAAUAAUGUCAAAAAGCCCAGAAGUACCAAGCAUGUGCACACAGUCCUGCUUCAGGAGAGCGGCUCGACGAUUACAAAAACUGUUCAUUUAACGCUGAAGCAGUCAACGGGAUCCAGUGCAAGAGGGAACAGCCGCCUGGACGGGUCUUUAUCUCAAUCCCCUACCCCACCCGGAUCUCCUUGUGUAACCAAGGUAAAUGCAAACAGGUUUCCUCCCCACCCAUCUGGUGUAAGGUUUGUUUGUCGUUGACAAUCCGUGAUAGUGAUACGGUCAGCAUUAUUCCUGGUGUGGGAGCUCCAGUCUAUCGACGAGUCAAGUCAGCUUUGUACCAUUUUAAAGAAUGAACUGCAACCAAACAGGUUUACUAAGAUGUUGUAGAUUUUUAACAUUGCCAAAGGAUCAUCAACAUAUAGGGCUGGAGAUAAUGGAGGUUAUGAUCUUGAUAGCCCGUGCAAACAUACGGUCAUAGCUAUGAUGGAUGCUCCAAAAUCAGGGUUCGCACUGACUACAUGUAGUGUUAUCCACACUGAUACAAAAAUGGAGACUGAAGGCAAUUCAGAGUAGAAGUAAUAGCAGUCAAAUCCCAUAACGAAGUUAGGGUGAGACAAGCUGCAGAGAAACCUCAUCGUGUUCAAUCAAUAGCAGUCAUAGACUGACCUAAGCAAACAGGAGUGUGGCAUUUCUACCAAAAAUCAACCCGUUUUGGAGUUUUCAUUCUUGGUUAUGACCCCUACAUUUUACAGUAAUACGCCCACCUUACCACACAAUCAUUGAUAAGAUGCACAUUCCACUAUGAAAGGUUACGUUUUUCUCAUAAAUUAAUUCCUUGUUUCAUUUCCCAAGGCUUCAGGUUCAAGGCGGUCGUCCUUCUCCAAUCCCCCUCCUCCCCUUUUAAACGCGGUUCGUAGUAAGCAAGAGCCAUUUCCAGUGACGUGGGCACAGAAAGUGGCGUUUAGUGGCCCUUCAACACCUGAAAAAAGAACACCCACAAGGGUGGUCCCAUCUGCUACAACACCGACAACAAAAAGUCCUACAAAUAUUUCUCCUUGGAGUGCUCCCGCCAGCUCUAAAUCUUUUAAAGGUUAGUGGUGCUUACACUUUUUAGCGGGAAAUAAGGCUUUUGUUGAGUGGUAUUUAUAGUGUUAUUUAUAGUGCUCAGUGCGGCUGUUCAUGUUGUUUUUUCUUUGUCCUCAAUGUUUGUUUGUUUGUUUUUUUUUUUUUAACUGAAAAUUUGUUUUUACCACUUUUACUGUCACUGUCUUUUUCACUCCCACCGUCCCUGUCACUUCAGUUUCAUCUUCAGCAUAACCUUUCCUGCCGUCAUUGCCAUGAUAACAGCCACCGCCAUUAUGGUUACGAUAACCGCUGUUAUUGCUAUUGUCAUUGUCAUCUUUAUUGUUGUUGCUAUUUUAAGGAAACCCCUCCAACUGGGACGCAAGCUGGAUAUCAGAUGGAAACCCUAAGCCACGCUCCUCUUCCUCUCCCUCAGACCUUACCCGGGGAUCUAAACAACAAUCCAGUCAGCAGUAUCAAUCGUCUAGGGGCAGAAGAGGAGGGGGCAGAGGUGCAAGGGGAGGUGGCCACAGGGACCAGAGCUACCAGCGAAGUGUUAGCGAUUCAAAGUAUGCGGGUAGAAGUUCAUAUGUUCGGGACGAUAGAGCGAUAAAGGAACGCUUGGUUGCUACUGAAGGUGCCAUUCGGACUCCGCCGAGGAAAAGUAGUGAGGUUGCAAGACUCAACCCACAACAGGAGGAGACUAGGGCACAUAAUGACAGAGGGAUGACAAGUGAAAUGAACACUUCUGGUAGCACCUCACCUUCAUCCGGUGUAACCGAUCGGGACAACACACAGGGUAACGGCACGAGUUCGGAAUGGUGUACUGUUUCACACAAGAAGACACAUCGGGAGGGAACUGGAACCACAAACUCGCAAAGUAACGGUCGUAGAACGUUUGAUAAGCGGUCAGUUGACGAGGGGAGAGGAAAUAGACGAGGGGGUCAUCAAGGUAGAGGAAACCGGGGUCGAGGCGACCGGAGCAGGAGAACUGGAGGCCCUAGGGGACGUGGGCGAGGUGGACGGGGAUCGAUGUAGACAAAGAAUACUUUUUACCGCGCGUUAUUUAGGGAUUAUAGAUUGAUGUUGAAUAAUUUUUACCUAACGGCUUUUCGAACGCCAGCACGAGGAAAUUGUUCGCUUCUGUUUAAUUCUUAGUGCUCUCUUAACGUUCUUAUAUUCAUAUUGAUAAAGUUAUAUUUUCGUUUCUACCAGUGGGUCUCUUGUUCUUCGCACAAGCAUAGUCGUAAGAAAGUCUUAUUCUUCGUAAACGUAUCGUUAUAAGAAAGUCUUUGUCGUGUAUUCUGUUAUUACCUAUCCAAAGAGCAGAUUAAGCUUUCCUUGUAUGACAUGUACUCGCGGUCGAUCUCAGCUAAAAACUGAUGGAUCAUUGGAUCGAGACCUUAAUUUACGUGCAUCCACAACAAUUUAAAUACAGAUAUGAAAUU